AAUGUUUAACUUAUUAAUGCUGGCUAAUGCUAUUAAUUUAAUACUGAGUGAUUCUGAUCACGAAAGUUGUAAUUUGGAUGAAGAUGUUCAAAGGAGAUAUAUAGAAAUUGAUGAUGUUCAACGUCAAGAUUUAAAAAGACCGCAAUCAUGGGGGUAUUGUAAUGAAGAAAAUAUGUAUAUUUGUUCUGACGGUAAAAAGAUUGACUGUAAUUUACGUUGUGAUGGUAAAAAUGAUUGUGGGCAAUUUAGCGACGAAGGGAUAUUUGCUGAUUGCUGGUUUGGAGAGAUACUAAAAUGUUUCGAAUGCGAAAUCAUUGGUGAAACAACAAAGGACGUUAACAAUUGCAGAAAACCUAAAUCCAGCGGCUUAACUCGAGUUGAUUAUAAAUCUUUGUUUUGCGUAUCAAUUUUAGGAGGCAUACAAUUCAGGAGUAACUUACACUUGGAUGAAAAGAUGGUGUGA